GGCGACGGCGACGGAGGAGGAGCAGCAGGAGGAGGAUCCCAAAAGUGCCGCGGGGGUCGCAAUCCUGCUGACAGGGAGUACAGGAGGCUCAAGAGGUUGCUCAGGAAUAGGGUUUCAGCUCAGCAAGCAAGAGAAAGAAAGAAGGUGUAUGUGAAUGAUUUGGAAUCCAGAGCCAAAGAGUUGCAUGAUAAAAACCUCAAGUUAGAAGAGAAAAUUUCAACUUUGAUCAAUGAGAACACCAUGCUUCGGAAGGUCCUCAUGAACACUAGACCUAAAGUUGAUGAAGGUUCGGAGAUGAAAAAUGACCAGUCGGGCAACAGCUAGCAACUAACUUACUAAGGUUCAUGUUUAUGCACUGUUUCCUUUUCCAGGAAACUAAAUCCGAAUCUUAUUUGCUCGUGAGCUUAAAAUGUUAUCUUGCCCGUCUUUAUCUUGUGUGAUGAGGCUUGGUAUUAUGUCAUGAUAACUUGACAAUCUCCUGGAUGGGAUUAUUUUUGGUGUUUUAGUCUAAACGCAAAACUUGUUUCUCUU